AUGCCCGAGUCGGAACAUCGUCUAGUUCUCAAUCGAGUACGGCGCUUCUGUUCCGAGAUUCUCCCACCCCAGUUGGUCGAACGUGAAGAUAUGCAGUUUCGAUUUACCGAAGGUCGGACGCGUCUGGUGGAUGAAGAUAUUUAUCUUCAAACACCAGAAAGUCGUAUCUCAGGUCGACCAUUGACUGUGGACAGAGAACACACGUCAGCCGUUCAUUCCCCGUCGGAUACCGCAACUGCUCGCGGACUGGAUUUGUCUGAUACCAGUAACCUGGAUUCUUCACCUAUUUCCGGUAUCGAUCGGGAAUGGCCUCGCCUGGUUCCUGUGGAGGAUCCUGUUCGGUUGGAACAGUUUGCCCUGUCCGAUGCGCUCGCUUUGUCCGGUAAAUUUGAGGUGUCCUUUUAA